AUGUUGUGCAUGAGAACGACGCUCCAAGGAGGUGUCGCGUGGGCUUUGCGUCCAACGGACGUCACGCCCAGGGGCAUCGCGCCUCGAGGGCAUUGUGCCAAGGGGCGUCGCACCCAGGGGCAUCGCGCUAGAGGGCGUCGCACCCAUAGGGAGUCAUGCCGAAGUUGCCCCAUACUUCUGCUAUUCCACUUUUGUUCACCCUUGGUGAAGGGUCCACUUUUUCACUUCCAAUGCGAUGGGGAUGGGACGUCACGCCAAGGGGGUGUCGCAGCCAAGGGCGUCGCACCUAGAAGAGGUCACGGCCGAGGGCAUCGGGCCUUUGGUGUUGCGCAUGAGUGUUGUGCCUUGGACGUCACGCCUGACAUUAUUAUUUACACUUGUCCAGUUG